AUGGUGCCCUCUGGAAGAAAACGUGCCGGGAAGUCUGGGAAGACAUCAAUGGAGGAUCAGAUUAUAAGAGCCUAUGACUUUGAAAAAGAUGAUAAAAAAAUUCUGAGUGGUUCAGAGGAAGAGGUUACUGAAGGGAAGACUCCAGUAAUUGAUAAGCAUGGGAAGAAAAGGACUUCUGCAGGAGUAGCUGAAGAUGUGGGGGGUGAAGUACAGAAUAUGCUGGAAAGAUUUGGAGCUGACAUUAACAAGGCUCUUUGUGCCAAGAGAAAAAGACUAGAAAUGUAUACUAAGUCUUCUCUCAAAACCAGUAACCAGAAAAUUGAACAUGUUUGGAAAACCCAACAAGAACAAAGGCAGAAGCUUAACCAAGAAUAUUCUCAGCAGUUUCUGACUUUGUUUCAGCAAUGGGAUAUAGAUGUGCAGAAAGCUGGGGAACAGGAAGAAAAACUAGCUAAUAUGUUUCGACAGCAACAAAAGGUUUUUCAACAAUCUAGAAUUGUUCAGAGCCAGAGACUGAAAACAAUUAGACAGUUAUAUGAGCAGUUCAUAAAGAGUAUGGAAGACUUGGAGAAGAAUCAUGAUAAUCUACUUACUGGUGCACAAAAUGAACUUAGAAAAGAAAUGGCUAUGUUGCAAAAGAAAAUUAUGAUGGAAACUCAGCAGCAAGAGAUGGCAAGUGUUCGAAAGUCUCUUCAAUCCAUGUUAUUCUGA